AUGUCGCAGAAAAUACAGGAGCAUCAGUUUCCUCACUUUUAUUGCUGUUAUCUGUUGCAAUCGAUCAACAAGAGACAAUCAUUUUACGUAGGAUCAACUCCUAACCCAGUGCGACGUUUGAGACAGCAUAAUGGGAAAUUAACAGUUGGAGGGGCGUAUCGAACUAAACGUGACGGUUCAAGGCCUUGGGAAAUGCUAAUGAUUGUGCGGGGCUUCCCAAGCAAGAUAGCAGCUUUACAGUUUGAACAUGCAUGGCAACAUGGUUACCAAACGCAUUAUAUAGCCGAAAAAGAUCGUAUUGUAAAGCAUAAAUCAGGUGGGAGAACCUUACAUCACAAAGUUGCACUAGUGAAGUUGCUUUUAAAGCAUGAAUUUUUUCGAAGGAUGAACUUAAUAGUGGAAAUUUUUAAUAUGAAAGCUUGGGAAAUCUGGAAACAGGAUAAAUUUUUGAUCGAAAGUGAAAUAUUUCAGAUAAACGUGAAAAUAAAUGAAAAUGCUCUUGAAGAACCAAAGGGAAAAACCGUAGAUAUUCUCAUGGAUCAUAGUGAUGAGAAUUUAAAAGUGGUGGAGACUGUUUAUACUAAGGUCAUUGGAGAUGAAAAAAAAAUAUUCGAAAUAUUCGAAAAGAAAUUAACUACAGGGGUAGUACGAUGUGGAAUCUGUGAGAAGGAGAUUGACUACACAUCUGAAGAGCAAAAUUUGAAGCCAUUUGUCGCGCUUUGCAACAAUAACGACUGUGGAUGUAUUAACCACUUAAAAUGUCUUCACAGAUACUUUCUAGAUGAUGAACAGUUGAUAGAAGGGAGAAGAAACUUGAUACCUAGAGGUGGGAAAUGUCCGAAUUGUGAUACAUUUUGCGAAUGGACGACUCUAGUGAAGUUUUCUACAAGAAUGAGGUCAGCUCACGGGAAGUAG